AAGAGUACCUGUUCAGGUGGACCAGGACGACUCGUUAGAAGAACCAUCAUGGCACUCCAAUGGGUGAAGCCGUGGAUCGCUCUGCUCUUCGGACUAUUUGCUGCACAUUCUGAGACUGUUAUGAUUCCAGACAUGACUUCCAUUGGGAGUCUAUAUGAUUCCAAACUGCAAAUCGUAUCAGCAGGAGUGAGUCCCACUCAUAACGGGCAGGUCUGCAGCACAUGGGGUAACUACCACUACAAAACCUACGAUGGAGACCUCUUCCAGCUGCCCUACACCUGUAACUACGUGCUGUCGUCAUUGUGUAAGAGCAGCAGCGGCUACGAGGCCUUUAACAUUGAGCUGCAGCGCGGGGAGGUAGAUGGGCUGCCCACCAUCACCAAGGUUUCUUUGAAGCUGGAUGGAACCUUCGUGGAGCUGGCCAACGGUAACGUCAGCAUCAAUGGAUUACAGGUCACCAUACCGUUUGGUCAGUUUAACGUCUUCAUUGAGAGGACCGUUUCCUAUGUGAAGAUCACAGCCAAGCUGGGGUUAGUCAUCAUGUGGAAUGAAGAUGAUUCCCUCUGGGUGGAGCUGGACUCAAAGUUCCAGAAUCAGACAUGUGGGCUGUGUGGAGACUUCAACGGAGUCCAGAACGAGUUCGUUAGGAAUGAUGAUUAUCUGAAGACAAUCGACUAUGGUGAUAUUUGGAAGAUGAAUGGCCCAACAGAAACCUGUACAGAAAUCCCUGGUCACACUGAGCAGUGUGAAGACCAGACCAAACUUUGUGAGCAGCUUCUCACCAGUCUUGCCUUCAGUAGCUGUAAGGACCUGAUUGCCACAGACUCCUUCAUCAAGGCCUGUGCAGAAGACAUGUGUCACUGUGGCAACAGCAGCAGCGUCACUUGCGCCUGUCCCACCAUGUCAGAGUACUCCCGCCAGUGUGCUCACGCAGGGGGGAAACCCCAGGAGUGGAAGACCGACCAGUUCUGCUUGAAGACGUGUCCUUUAAGCAUGCAGUACCAAGAGUGUGGUAGUCCCUGCACUGAUACCUGCUCCAACCCAAAGAGGAACCAGCAUUGUGAGGAACACUGCACCGAUGGAUGCUUCUGCCCUGCUGGAACCGUGUUUGAUGACAUCACUGAGACUGGCUGUGUAGCUGUGAACCAGUGCUCUUGUCUCCACAACGGACAAUCUUACCAGCCUGGACAAUCAUUCUCAAGAACAUGCCAUGAAUGUACCUGUAUCCAAGGCCAGUGGAGUUGUAUGGAUCUAGAUUGCCCUGCUACCUGCUCCAUAGUGGGAGGUUCCCACAUCACCACCUACGAUGGGAAAGCCUACACCUUCCAUGGAGACUGCUCAUAUGUCCUGUCCAAGCAAACCAACGAGACUGCUUUCACAGUCCUGGGUGACAUAGUGAAAUGCGGGAAGACGGACAUUGAGACCUGCCUAAGAUCUGUAACCCUGGUGACUCCAGAGAACACGAUGAUCGUCAUCGAGGCCAGUGGAAGGGUCUUUGUCAACAAGAUGUUUUCUCAGAUGCCGCUUUUCAUGGCUGAUGUAAGGGUCUUUCAGCCCUCUACGUUCUACAUCGUUGUGCAUACCUCUUAUGGGCUCCGUCUAGAGGUCCAGCUAACACCUAUAAUGCAGGUCUACAUCGUAGCUAGCAGUUCACACAAAGAAAAAACCCAGGGUCUUUGCGGAGACUUUAACGGUGUCCAAGCUGACGACUUCAGAACCAUCAAUGGACUCGUGGAAGGAACCGCUGUGACGUUCGCCAACACUUGGAAGACCAAAGCAAGCUGUCCUGAUGCGGCACAGAACUUUGAGAUCCCAUGCAGUCUGAGUGUAGAGAACGAGAGAUAUGCCAAGCACUGGUGCUCAAUGCUGUCAGAUAGUGAAGGAAUAUUUUCCCAAUGCCACACUGAGAUCAACCCAAAUUACUACAAGGAAAUCUGCAUAUAUGACAGUUGUAACUGUGAGAGGAGUGAGGAGUGCAUGUGUGCUGCGGUCUCCUCCUACGUCCAUGCAUGUGCUGCUGCAGGCGUCCUGCUCAGUAGAUGGAGAAACACCACCUGUGGGAAGUACUCCUCCAGCUGCCCUGACACGAUGGUCUAUGACUACACCAUGACCAGCUGUGACCGUACCUGUCGUUCACUGAGCCAGACAGACUUCACCUGCCAGUUAGACCAUGUGUCUGUGGACGGCUGUGGCUGUGCCGAGGGAACCUACCUGAAUGACCAGGGAGAGUGUGUCCCUGCCUCACGCUGCUCCUGCUACAAUGGAGGCACAGUAGUGCCCCCUGGAGAGGUCACCAGGAUCUAUGGGGCUACUUGCUCUUGCAGAGAUGGGAAAUUAAGCUGUACUGGAGAACAACAACAUUUAUCCUGUGAAGAACCAAUGGGUUUCUUCAACUGUUCUAGUGCAGGGCCCGGAGCCAAGGGCUCAGAGUGCCAGAAGAGCUGUCAAACACUAGACAGUCACUGUAUCAGUGCAGAGUGUCUGUCAGGCUGUGUAUGUCCUGAUGGUCUGCUGUCUGAUGGAAACGGAGGAUGCAUCAAGGAAGACCUAUGUCCCUGUUCUCACAAUGGAGUCUAUUACCAACCUGGACAUGUGCUCAAAGUAGACUGCAAUACCUGCACUUGUGAAGGCAGAAAAUGGCAGUGUACCAAUAAGCAGUGUGAUGGGAUGUGUGCCAUAUAUGGAGAUGGGCAUUUCAUCACUUUUGAUGAGGAAAGGUUCACUUUCAAUGGAGAUUGUGAAUACAUUCUUACUCAGGACUACUGCAGCAACAAUCCAAACGGUACCUUUAGAGUGAUCACAGAGAACAUUCCCUGUGGAACCACCGGCACCACCUGUUCCAAGGCCAUCAAGCUCUUCUUGGGGAGCAAUGAGAUCAUACUAGCAGAUGAAUCUGUAAAAGUGAUCAAACAAGAGAACGGGGUUGACGUACCAUACCAGGUCCACUCUAUCGGUCUCUAUGUUGUUGUUGAGGCUGAAAAUGGCCUGAUCCUCAUGUGGGACAAGAAGAAUAGCCUGUUCAUCAAACUCAGCUCUACCUUCCAGGGCCAAGUGUGUGGUCUGUGUGGAAACUACGAUGGUAAUGGAAAGAACGACUUCACGUCCAGAAACCAGGAAGUGGUUGUUGAAGCUCUGGAGUUUGGGAACAGCUGGAAAGUGUCACCCAGUUGCCCCAACGCUGAUGUCAUAAAAAACCCAUGCACUUUAAGAUCAUACAGGCAGUCCUGGUCUCUGAAACGCUGCAGCAUCAUCACCAGUAACGUUUUCUCAGCCUGCCACUCACAGGUGGACCCCACGCCAUUCCAUGAUGCCUGUGUGAGGGACUCGUGUGCCUGUGACACUGGGGGAGACUGCGAGUGUUUCUGUACAGCUGUAGCAGCCUACGCCCAGGCCUGUAACGAGGCAGGGGCUUGUAUCAAGUGGAGAACAACAGAUAUCUGCCCUCUGUUCUGUGAUUUCUACAACCCUAUUGGUGAGUGUGAGUGGCAUUAUAAUCCGUGUGGAUACCCCUGUAUGAAGACCUGCAAGAAUCCCUCAGGAACUUGCUCCAGUCAGAUCCCUGCACUGGAAGGUUGCUAUCCAAAAUGUCCUUCGGCCCAGCCUUAUUUGGAAGAAAGUACCAUGAAGUGUGUCAGUAAGAAGGACUGUGGUUGCUACGAUGGAGAUGGAACUCAUUACAACGAGGGAGAGGUUAUACCUUCCAAAGAGAACUGUCAGCCAUGUCGUUGCUCAUCAACUGAGGUCAGAUGCAGCUAUGAUGUCCAAGCUUGUUAUUGUUUCUACGACGGCAGAACAUACCCGUAUGGAGCGACCAUAUAUCACACAUCUGACGGUGAUGGGACUUGUAUUACUGCCACCUGCAAAGAGAACGGAACUAUUGUCCGGAUUAUGAACCCCUGUCCCAGCACCCCAACUCCAACAACUACACCAACAACACACAUAUCCACCCAAGCACCGACAACAUUUGUUUUCUCAACUCCUGCCACUACCCCAACCACAACCACAACCCCUACCACUACCUCAACAACAACCCCUACUGCUACCCCCACAACAUCCCCUACCACCUUCACAACCCCUACAACUACCCCCACAACAACCAUUACACUGACAACAACCCCUUCUACUACCCCCACAACAACCCCAACUUCACCAACAUCCACUUUACCCACUACUACUCCACACUGCCUGAAAAAGACUGUCUGUGAAUGGUCAGACUGGAUUAGCAAAUACUAUCCCUCUGUUGGACCAGAAGGAGGAGAUUAUGAAACCAUAGAAAAUAUAAGGAAAUCUGGUAUUGAUAUUUGUAGCCAACCUAAGGAUGUAGAAUGCAGAGCCAAAGACAACAUCUAUGUUCCUUUGGCCGAACUAGGUCAAAAUGUUGAAUGCAAUCCCUCAGUUGGACUGAUAUGCCACAACAAGGAUCAAGGCAUCCCACCAAUAUGCUACAACUACGAGAUCAGAGUCAGAUGUUGUGUUGAUGUUGUUGAUGUUUGUAGCAAUGGGACAACUACCACCUCAGAAAGGCCCACAACAACCAUUACAACAUCAUCAACUACCCCAACAACAACAACAACAAGAACAACCAUUACAAAAACAACUACUGCAACUACUUCAACAACAAAACCUUCCACUACCCCAACAACUACUGCAACUACUUCAACAACAAUGACUACAACUACUUCAACAACUAAACCUACCACUACCCCUACAACUACCACAACUACAACUCCUAACACUACCCCAACAACUAGUCCUACCACUACCCCAACAACAACUCCUACCACUACCCCAACAACUACUACAGCUACUUCAACAACCACUCCUACCACUACCCCAACAACAAAUCCUACAACUACCCCAACAACAACUCCUACCACUACCCCAACAACAAAUCCUACCACUCCCCCAACAACAACUCCUACCACUACCCCAACAACUACUUCAGCUGCUUCAACAACAACUCCUACCACUACCCCAACAACAUCUCCUACCACUACCCCAACAACAAAUCCUACCAUUACCCCAACAACAACUCCUACCACUACCCCAACAACUACUUCAGCUGCUUCAACAACCACUCCUACCUCUACCCCAACAACAACUCCUAACUCUACCCAAACAACAACUCCUACCUCUACCCCAACAACAUCUCUUACCACUACCCCAACAACUACUUCAGCUGCUUCAACAACCACUCCUACCUCUACCCCAACAACCACUCCUACCUCUACCCCAACAACAACUCCUAACUCUACCCCAACAACAACUACUACCUCUACCCCAACAACAACUCCUACCACUACACCAACAACAACUCCUAACACUAUCCCCACAAUAAAACCUACCACUACCCCAACAACAACCUUUACCACAACCCCAACGACCACCACAACCACAAAUCCUACCACAUUAUGCUUUUGCACAUACAAAAAUCUACAUUUCCCUGCUGGUUCCUUGAUAUAUAAUGAGACUGAUGGGGCAGGCUGGUGUUUCACAUCCUACUGUAACUCAAGUUGUGUUGUUGAGAAACAAGCCAGACCAUGUCCCUCUACGACCCCAGCUACAGUCAGCACUGUCUCAGCUACAGUCAGCACUGUCUCAACUACAGUCAGCACUGUCUCAACUACAGUCAGCACUGACUCAACUACAGUCAGCACUGUCUCAACAACAACAGAAGCUACCCAUUCUACAACAUCUACAUUGUCCCCGACUACACCUUACACGGGCUGUGAAUAUGUCAUUCCACCAAGAAAGGAUGGUGAGACUUGGAAGACAGACAACUGCACUACUCAGACUUGCCACAGGGGUGUAAUUACCACGACGUUUGUGGUCUGUGAGUCUGUAGAAAAGCCUGUAUGUGAAAAUAGAUACCCACCAGUGAAAGUCUAUGACGAAUCAGGUUGCUGCUAUCACUACGAAUGUGAAUGUAUAUGCUAUGGAUGGGGAGACCCUCAUUACGUCACAUUUGAUGGCCAAUAUUACAGUUUCCAGGAAAAUUGCACCUACGUUUUGAUGAAAGAAAUAGUUCCUCGACAGAACUUCAGUGUCAUCAUCGACAACUAUAACUGCGAUCCGUCUGGACAUGCGACCUGCCCUCAGUCUCUGAUUGUCUAUUACAAGUCCUAUGAAAUCAUUCUUACUCCGAUGAGAUUAAACGUGACAACAAAUAUGGUUUACAUCAAUGGAAAUCAGAUCUUCCCAACCUUUUCUAAUGAAGACCUCAUGAUCACCAGCACUGGGGUGGAGUUACUGUUGAAGAUCCCUGCCAUUAAAGCAACAGUGAUGUUUAAGUCCCUUAUGUUCAGUGUAACCCUGCCAAACUCCCUAUUCCACAACAACACAGAGGGGCAGUGUGGUACCUGUGACAAUAUCAGGAAAAACGAUUGCAGAUUACCGAAUGGAAAGAUUGACCCAUCAUGUCCUGGGAUGGCUCAUGAGUGGAAGAUUCCUGAUGUUAAAAAACCCUACUGUGAACGGCAACCCACUACCCCACCUACCCCAUCUACCCCACCUACCCCACCUACCCCACCUACCCCCACGCCUCCAACCUGCCCAUCAAGAAAGACAUCAAUCUGUGACAUCAUACUUAGCCCGGUCUUUAAGCAAUGCCAUGACGUUAUCCCACAACAACCCUUCUUCGAGGCCUGUAAGUUUGAUGUCUGCCACAUGCCAAAUAUCUCAGUCGGCUGCUCCAGCCUGGAAGCCUAUGCCGUGAGGUGUGCAGCAGCUGGAGUCUGUAUCGACUGGAGGAAAUCAACUAAUGGAAAAUGUGAACUGACCUGCCCUAAGACCAAAGUGUAUAAGGCAUGUGGCUCUACUAUCCAGCCAACAUGCAAUUCAAGAUACAAUGAAAAAUAUGUGCAUUCAUGUCAGGGAGCACAAAUGACCCGUGACUUUGUAUGUGACUCAUUCAUGGAGGGCUGUUUCUGCCCUGAGGGUACCAUCUUGUUCAACACAUUCUCUGACACCUGUGUUCGUGACUGUGGAUGCACAGGACCUGAUGGAAAACCCAAACAGUUUGGUGAGACUUGGUACAGUAACUGCCAGAAGUGCACGUGUAAUGCUGACACACUGAGUGUCCAGUGUGAACCAGUGAAAUAUCCGGCCCAAGAAAUUGUUACCUGUAAGAAGUACGGUGAGGUGUUGGUCAACGAGACGGUGGACUGCUGUCAGAUAAAUACAUGUGUGGCCAAACCUGUUUGUGUCCACAACAAUACUGAAUACACGCUUGGGGAGUUUUGGUCGCCCCCUAGUGACCGCUGUGUGAAGUAUGAAUGCACAAAGACAAACAACCAGCUCAUCGUUGUGGAAUCCAAAUUGAAAUGCCCAGUGUUCCGUCCAGAGGACUGUGUCCCUGGAACUGAGAAAACUGAUGCAAAUGGAUGUUGCACAACCUGCACUUUAAGCAGUCACUGUGAUGUGAAGAACACCACCACCUACCUAGAGGUGAAUAACUGCAGGUCCUCUGUGCCGGUGGAAAUCUCAGCCUGCGGGGGAUCCUGUGGAACAUCUUCUAUGUACUCUGCAGAGAAAAACACCCUGAUGCACUCCUGCUCCUGCUGUCAAGAGAUGUCGACCAGUGAGAGGAAGGUGGAGAUGGUCUGCCCUGAUGGGAAGAAGAUCAUGCAGUCCUACAUUUACAUUGAUAAGUGUGGCUGCCAUGACUCUGAGUGUGACAAGAACAACCACUUAGAUUAGGCCUUGAAGAAUGAAGUCUUUUGAAGUGUUCUUAUUUACCUGCAUGGAAUAUUAAAUAGUUGUAUCUAAAGGGAACCAAUAGGGUCUGUCUCAUUAUCAUAUAGGCUACUUUCAUGAACUGCAUGUCCUUUCUCUCUACACUAUCAUAGACAUUAUGCAAACCUAUUAAACUGAUGAAGAAGCAUG